ACAUCUUUUAAAGACCUCCAGGGAUGGUGACUCAGCCACCGAGCCCUGGGGUCACCACUAGUGACCGGCCUCCAACUGGAUUCACUCCAUUCACCACGACUCUUUGGGCUGGGCUAUUCAGCUAGAUUUUAGCCCAACGAAGCGUACACCAGUCCAAGCCAUGAGCAGCCAGUUUCUGGAGGAGAAUGCUGUGGGAAAUGGCGUCAAAAGCCUUACUGAAGUCGAGAUAGACCACAGCCACAGCCUUUCCCUCGUCCACUAAGCGCGUCACUUUGUCAUAGCCGGAGAUCAGGUUCGCCAAGCAGGACCUGCCUUUCAUAAACCCAUGCUGACUGGGCCUGAUCUGGGCCUGCUUGCCCUUUAAGCGCCGUGUGAUGACACUCAAGAUAAUCUGCUCCAUGAGCUUCCCCAGCACUGAGGUCACACUGACAGGCCUAUAGUUCCGCGGGUCUGCCCUCCGGCCCUUCUUGUAGAUGGGCGUCACAUUUGCUAGCCGCCAGUCAGCUGGGACCUCCCCUGAUAGCCAGGACUGCUGCUAAGUGAUGGGAAGCGACUUGGCCAGCUCUUCUGCCAGUUCUCUCAGUACCCUCAGGUGGAUCCUAUCUGGCCCCUUUGACUUCCAUACAUCUAAGUGCCGUAGCAGGUCGCCAACCAUUUCCUUGUGGAUUAUGAGGGCCACAUUCUGCUCCCCAUCCCCUGCCACAAAGUCAGAGGGCUGGGUACCCAAGAGAACCACUGGUCUUGUCGCUGAAGACUGAGGCAAAGAAGGCAUUAAGCACCUCAGCCUUUUCCUCAGUGGGGGCUUCCCUAUGGCCAGCCUGCUCUCCAAGCUCAGCACGCAGCCUGUGGGGAAACCUCCUGCCAAACGUGCCAGUGCCGUUCGUCACGGGGUUGUGCCGCAGCUGCACCCCCUUGCGAAACAGAAGUGGAGAGAAAGAGUGGGCAUUGCGGGCAGCAGCCGCGAGCAGCUUGUGCGCAUCUUUGGCUUCGCAGUUUCGAAGGCACAUGAGGCAGACCAUGGAAGCACUGGGGCGUGAAAUGGAGAAGGUGAACUAUCCAGAGGUGGCUGCGGAGAGCAUGUUGGCGCUGGCAGAAAUACUUGGAAAGCUGAUGGCGAAUGGCUUGGCUUGUGGCCUGACGAGGACUGGGAGAGUGGUGCUCCAAGUGCCUGACUUCAAGGAGCUGUGUGAGAGGCUGGAGACCAUGGAGGACGGGUCUCCAUGUGAGAGACCCUCUGUGCCCUUGGGGCAGGGGCUCGUCCCAGCCCUGCUCCGGACCUUUUUCCAGACAAACACUGUCUCAUGGUGCACAGAAACUUCUUUCUUUGGAGACAAUCAGGCAAAGGCACGGAGGGGAGCAGCGCUGCCACCUCCGGCCCUGCCCUGUGACGUGUCCCCGUAUCUGUGGCAACCCUCUGUGAGGCGCGAGGCCCCUCAGCGAGGUCACAAUGGCUGGGUGCCUUAUAAGUGCUGCGGUGAGGGCAGGUGGCCCAUUGCCUCUCGGCGGCCACAGGAGGAGGACCCGGAGAGAGAUUCUGGGGUGAUCCUGCUGUGAUGGAGAGGCUGAGAGGAUUUUUUGGGAUCAGGACUAGACGAAGACGUCACAGGAACGGUGGCAGAGAGACGGGGUCUGAGACUCUUGCCACCUCUGCCGCCGUCGUGACUUCCUUGUUGAAGAAGCUGCAAGACAGAGAGGGUGAGCGAGCGGAGACUUACCGCCGCCUCGAGCACGUCUUGCAAGGAGAUGACACCCGUCUGCGGAGCGGCGUUGUCAACCGAGUGCUCGCAGAGGUGUCUGGAGACAUGAAGGCAGCCCAGGGCGCGAUGACCGAAGUGACAGCAGCUGCUGGUGACGUCCUGGUGGCUCUGGCUCGUUCCCACUUCGAGUUUGUGAUGUCCGAGCUCCAGGGCCACCUGAAGAGCAUGAGGGGAGGAGCAUGCCAGGAGUUUGUGCUCAGCACCUUGAGCAAACUGGCCAGCAGCUAUGCCCUGCGGUGCAUCCCCUUCGCCCAAAUGACGCUCGCUGCUCUGCACGCCGUGCUGAGCCACGUGGAGAGCAGCCGGAUCCUGCGCGCCAUCUGCAGUGUGCUGGAGCAGUGGUCGAGGGCGAUCAACGCUUACUUCAAUGCCUGGGAGCAGUGCCCCUUCCCUCGCAUCGGGGAGGCGCAGCUCUGCGAGCAGGUGUACGACCUGUUCUGCCACGCGGUGGGAAACUGGCUGGGCCGUGACGAGGAGGAGGAGGACAAGCAGGCCGUCUUGGGAGCAGUGGCUGCUAUGAUGGCCGUCGUCCUCCGUGAUGCACAGCACCAGGACAACGUGUGGAAGCAGGUCUUCUGGCUCCUGCGGCAGUACCAGGAGCUCCAGGAGACUUGCCGGGUGACAGAGAGCCUCCGUUAUUUCCUGACGACCUUGGAGGAACUUCACGCUGUCGCCCCCCAGGACAAGCUCCAUGCCAUCGCUGCUGCUGUGCACCACCAGAUUGUGGAGGAGGACAGGCAGCACAGCGCAGGCCACAAAGAAGAACUGAGGCAGUGCAUUGUGCUUCAAGCUCGAAUCUGCCCGGAGGAGACAAUCAUGUUCCUGCUGUCCCACCUGAGCAGCGAGGACGAGGGCACCCGCAGGACAGCGCUGACUCUGCUGGGAGCUGUGGCACGCACUGACGAGCCUGCAGUGAGAGAGAAGCUGCCCCUAAUGGUAGAGGCCGUGCAGCCCUUGUUCAUUGAGGCCAGCACCCAGGUGAGGAGCGCGCUCCUGGGUUUCAUCAGGGACCUGCUCAGCGUCAGCAUCCCGAGCUGCUUGGCGUGGGAAGCGGUGGCGCACAUCUUUGUCGAGUUCAGGCGGGCCUCGGACAGACUGGCAGUAGAAGACCUCCAAGAAGAAAGAGACCUUCGGGCCCAGUGCAUAGAUGUCCUGGAGUCUCUGGAUGUCUCCGUUGGAGGCAUGACCCAACUCUUGUGGCCACGGCUCCUGCAGUACAUGGUGCCGGCCCAGUACUGCGGCCUGCUGCUCCCGCUGUCCCGCUGUCUCCAAGCCGUGAUCGAGAGACAGAAGCAAACAGAAGGGCAAGAGGACAGCGAGAAGCCUGAUGCUGCCCAGGGGCAAGACAAGACGCCCACGCCACAGGCGCUCCUGGUUCAGCUGCUGGUGGUGGCGGCUUCUGCUGGGUGCGGAGAAUGCGGGGCCGCUGCCCUACAGCUGCUGCAGGCCCUGCAGAGCAGGAUCCACAGAUCCCUGAGGGACCUGUGGCCCAUGCGCAUCCCCCGCAUGCUGCAGUACCUGGAAGAGCAUCCAGAGGGCUCCCUGGACUCCGAAGAGUGGCAGUGCUAUCUGCUUAAGUUCCUGACGGAGUCAGCGGAGGAGAUGCAGGAGGACCAGCCAUGGAUCGUGUGCCUGAGCCGGGAGCUGAGCCAGCAGCUGAGCAGCUCCUCCAGCAGCAAGGAGGACAAGGAGUUCCUGUACCGGGCUCUCGGCACGGUGCUGGCCUCUUGUCGGCGGCUCACCCACGUCCAAGGGCAGCUGCUGAAAUACUUGAAAGAAACGGAUGCCACCAGGCCGUGUGACAAACAGGGAAUAGCUUCCGUGGUCUCCUACGCUGCUGAGCGCCACUUCUACGUGGCCCUGGAUGCAAUGAGCAUGGUCCGCAAGGCGCUCAUCAAAUUCGGCAGACGGCAAAGGGUAAUGGCUGCAGGCUUUGAGUGUUCGGCCUUCUCUUGCCCUCUUUUCACUUCCCGAACGGUGGUGGCCGAGUCGUGGCACCCACGUUGCACUUGUCCCUCCCGGCAGAGCUACCUAAGACGCCUGCCCCCUGCAGAAAGCUGAGGGCCAGGAGCCCUGUGAGCUGUGGCUGGCUCUGCCCCUAGCCUGGGGGCCACGGGCAAGCCUUCCACGGCCAGCACACCCCUGACGGGCACGGGCUGCUCGCCUCAGGGCAGGACCGGGACAAACUCCUUCAGAUGCUUUUCCACGGCCCUGCACAGCCGAGCCAGACAGCUCCCUCACAGCCCCGCUCCCCAGCCCCACAAAUUGGCGGCGGCCCGGGGCACAGCAGGGCAUCGGACUGACAUCUCGGG